AAUCUCUCAUAAGGGUGUGUAAGCAGGUGACACAGGCGAGGGAAAUAAACUACGUGCUUAGAGUACAAGAAGGAAACAUCUUAGAAAGUUAGAGGCAAAGGACUUCAAGAGUGGGAAGACUAACUGAAGUCAGAAGAGACACAAGAUCAUGGAGAUUUAUUUGUGGAAAUUUGUGGCUGUUGUAUGUGCUCUACUUCUUAAUGCUUCAGGCUCAUUUUCCCAACUAGAUGUGUGUGGUCAGGCUCCCUUGAACAUCAAGAUUGUAGGUGGUAGUAAUGCUGUUCCCGGUGCUUGGCCUUGGCAGGUCAGCCUUCAGUACAGUGGCUCGCAUUUUUGUGGAGGCAGCCUGAUCAAUGAGCGCUGGGUCUUAACAGCAGCUCACUGUUUUCCGAGUUUUUCACUCCUGGGUAUCACAGCCAAUCUAGGAUUGUCAAAUCUGCUGGGUUCUAACUCAAAUAAGCAGCAAAGAGCCAUUGCUGCAUUGACCAUACACCCAAGGUAUAACUCCAUAAAUAAUGACAAUGACAUAGCACUUCUCCAGCUCACUUCUCCGGUGACUUUUACAAACUACAUCAGGCCAACAUGUCUGGCAGCAAGCACGAGUGAUUUUCCCCAUAGAACUAAUGUCUGGGUCACAGGAUGGGGUGACAUUAAGUCUAAUGUGGAACUGCCAUUCCCUCAAACCCUGCAGGAGGUGAAAGUACCAAUUGUCAGUAACAGUGACUGUGCAAAAUCUUAUGGAAAUGAUAUCAUCACAUACAAUAUGAUGUGUGCUGGCCUCAGUGAGGGGGGCAAGGACUCAUGCCAGGGUGAUUCUGGAGGUCCAAUGGUGUUCAAGCAUAACACAACCUGGGUUCAGGCUGGGAUUGUGAGCUUUGGCUAUGGCUGCGCUUUACCUAAUUUCCCUGGUGUGUACACCAGAGUGUCUCAGUACCAAGACUGGAUUAACAGCAUUAUCAAAACCAAACAACCUGGAUUUAUUGCAGUCUCCAAUGGCAAUCGUGGCUCCCCAAACCUCCUUUGUCUGGUUCUUUGUUUUUCCAUCAUUUCCUACCUCUGCUCCCUGUCUAUCUUCUAGUAAUAAUUUUCAAAGAUUUUGUCAUACUGCAUCUGUUUUAUUGAUUUGAUCUAAUUCUACUCCAUUCCAAUUUAAAGCACAGUUACAUGACUUUCUGUCUUUUAACCCAUUCAUCUGCUAAUAUCUGGGAUACCAAGUGAGCUUAAAACUAAUGAUUGCUGAAUUGUACAUUCAAUGUUAUAAACCUGAAUUACGUUAAGCUGUUGGUGACAUCUCCAAACUAAUUUGAGGUUUGACCUGGAAAUAUAUAAUUGGUUUAAUCAUUGGCAGCAAUAACAUAGCAUCACAUGAUAAAAUAAUGUGAACUAUGUACACUGAAUUACUGGAAUAGCAAAGCACUGUAUACUUCCUUAUUCCCAUAAAGUUUUCUUAUGCUGAA